UGAUGGCGCUGUAAACACAGUGACGCUUCGCUGCGUGGCUUAGCAGCAAAUCACAGAUUCGCCUUUAAUGCUGUAUGUGGACGAGCCAGACAUACACUACUCACAUUCACAGCUUCAUAUGCAAUCACAUAAACAAAAGACACGCGAGGACCGGUCGUCGGGGGUGCAAUGGCAAGGAAAAGUGCAAUUCCUCCUUCAUACUAUGGGGAGCCACACAAAUUUGACCCCACAUUCCGAGGACCUGUUCACAAUAGGCGCUGCACAGACGUGCUUUGCUGUGUGAUCUUCGUCAUCGUCAUCCUUGGUUACAUCGCUCUGGGAACAGUGGCUUGGAUGCAUGGGGACCCACGGAAAGUGGUCUACCCAACAGACAGUUAUGGGCAGUUCUGCGGACAGCAGGGCACUCCUAAUGCAAAUAAAGCCAUAUUAUUUUACUUCAGUAUUUUACAAUGUGCCAAUCCUACAGUCCUCAUUAACCUUCAGUGCCCUACAACUCAGCUGUGUGUAUCCAAGUGCCCGGACAGAUUUGCCACAUACAUUGACAUGCAAUACAACUAUAGACGCAAUAAGAGUUACUGGGAAUACUACAAGCAAUUCUGCAAACCAGGCUUUAAUAAUCCUGAUAAGCCGGUUGCUCAGGUGCUAAGGGAUGAAGAUUGUCCCUCCAUGAUUGUGCCAAGCAGACCAUUUCUCCAGAGGUGCUUUCCCGAUUUCAUCACCAGAAAUGGGACGUUAACUGUUGCCAACAAAACAAGCUUCAAAGAUGGACUCGGUAAAACCAGGAGUGUCAUCGAUCUGAGAGAUGCAGCAAAGCAAGAGAAGACAGUUUUAUCUGGCAAAGUUACGGCCAUGCAGCAAGGAACAGAAAGUGGCAUCACCAGCCUGUUGGAUGCCAAGGAGGUGGGCAUCAAGAUCUUUGAGGAUUAUGCUAGCUCAUGGUUUUGGAUCCUGAUUGGUCUAGUGAUAAGCAUGCUGGUCAGUCUGCUCUUUAUUCUGCUGCUGAGGUUCACUGCAGGCGUUCUCUUCUGGAUGGUCAUCUUUGGGGUCAUCGCAGCAGUGGGCUAUGGAAUAUGGCAUUGUUAUUGGGAGUACAGUUCACUCAAGGGGAAUCCAGACUCUGAUAUCACCAUCUCAGACAUUGGAUUUCAGACUGACUUCCGUGUUUACCUUCAACUGAGUCAAACCUGGCUGAUAUUCAUGAUCUCCUUGGCUGUUAUUGAGGCUGUCAUCAUCUUAGUGCUGAUAUUUCUGCGAAACAGAGUUCGUAUUGCCAUCGCUCUGCUAAAGGAGGGGAGCAAGGCGAUUGGCUGCAUCAUGUUGACACUGUUCUAUCCCAUCAUCACCUUCCUGCUGCUGGCUCUCUGCAUAGCAUACUGGGCCGUUACAGCUGUGUUUCUAGCAUCAUCUGGGGAGCCAGUGUACAAAAUAAUGUCAACACUGCAUGACUGCAAGUAUACGAACCUCACCUGUGACCCAGAGACCUUCAGCCAAUCAAACAUGACUAAACUGUGUCCAGGCUCCCAGUGCAUGUUUGCUUUUUAUGGUGGAGAGAGUGUGUACCACCAUUACAUCUUUGUUCUUCAGCUCUGCAAUCUGUUUGUCUUCCUCUGGCUGGUCAAUUUCACCAUCGCCCUGGGCCAGUGCACCCUUGCAGGGGCUUUUGCCUCUUACUACUGGGCCUUAAGAAAGCCUGCUGACAUUCCACCUUACCCCUUGGCUUCAUCAUUUGGAAAGGCUUUAAGGUAUCACACUGGCUCACUGGCAUUUGGAGCUUUGAUUUUGUCCAUUGUACAAUUCAUACGGAUUAUUCUGGAGUAUCUCGACCACAAACUGAAAGGUGCUCACAAUGCUUUUGCGCGCUUCCUGUUGUGCUGCCUCAAAUGCUGCUUCUGGUGCCUUGAGCACUUCAUCAAGUUUAUGAACAGGAAUGCUUACAUUAUGAUUGCAGUAUACGGCAAUAAUUUCUGUGCCUCAGCACGGGACGCUUUCUUCCUUUUAAUGAGGAACGUUAUGAGAGUUGCUGUUCUGGACAAGGUGACUGACUUCCUGCUGUUCUUAGGCAAACUGCUGAUCUCAGGAAGUGUGGGUGUCCUUGCUUUCUUUUUCUUCACCCGCCAAAUUCCGGUUAUCCAGGAAGAGGUGCCAUCAUUAAAUUACUAUUGGGUCCCUCUACUGACUGUGAUAUUUGGAUCUUAUAUGAUUGCACAUGGAUUCUUCAACGUUUAUGCCAUGUGUGUAGAUACAUUGUUCCUCUGCUUCUUGAUGGAUCUAGAGAAGAACGACGGCUCAGCGUCCCGCCCCUAUUACAUGUGCAGCAGUCUGAGAGCUAUCCUGAACAAGAAGAAUCGUAAGAGACCAGCGGAGAAAAGAAGAGGUAGAAAAGAGUAGAAACGAUGUCAAAAGAGACAUUGACCAAAAUGUUUCCUGAGAGUUAACAUCUAUGACCUUUUAAGGCUGGUAACUGGAAUGAUAUAAGCAGUAUUCAGACAUUUAGAUCUCAGUAGAUGAUCAAAGGUAGAAAUAUAAGAGGGUUUGAAUCGACGCCCUUUUAAUGUGUUCAUUAUAAAGUAUUCAUUAUUGUUAUUGAAUAAAAUAUUGUUAAAAGAAAGCAUAGCAAUCAGAGUUGUGGUGCAGACAGUUGGUUAUCGCAUAUGGAGCUUAUGGCUCAUGGCGACCUUGGUUCGAAUCUGGCCAAGGUCACAUCUCUGUUUCUCUGUUUACUCUCAAUAAAGGUUAGAUUUAGAAUACAGCAAUACAGUAGGCAAAAGAAAGCAUUGCAAUGGGCAAAAAGGCUGCUUCUUUACUGUAUUCCUGUGGGUCUGUCAAGGCACUGGUCAAAGUUACAGGCAACUAAAAUUAUAAGCUUUUAGCAUAAUGUCAACUAGGGUGAAUAGAGGUAAAGUGGGACACUUAAGCUCAAUUAUCUAUCAAUAUGUGCAUAUUGUUCAACUGCUAAAUAAUUAAGCAUUAAGUUUAUCAUAUACUUGUAUGGGAUGACAUUGAUGUAGCCAUUUGUAUCAUAUUUUAAACAACACCAGUGCUUGAAGUGGAAGAAAAAAAGUGCAAGUACUCUCCUUGUUAGUAUUAAACUUUCUUUUUUUUUUUCUUUUUUUACUGAACUGGGGCCAAACUUUUUUUAUCCGUAUUUAUCUUACCUAACACUUAUUAUAACUAACAUGUUAACAUGUAAAAACAAAAUGGUUAAUAAUGUGUUUAUUGUCAAUAUCAACACACAUAAGAGAACAAAAAGGGCAUUAUGUCUUUUUUUUCCUUUUUAAUUUUAUUUUUAAUCCUCCCAUUCAAUGAGGGCAAAAUUUGCCUUCUUUAUCCUGCACACCUUAAUUUGCACACAUGAGCCAGAUACUUGUGCAGAUAAUUAUCAUUAGAAAUGGUGAACCAACUGAUUUGAUGAUGUUCAGGAUUCAGAACGAUGUCGAACUAAACACUGUCAGGAUAUAUGCAUAGGCAAGAUCAAUGACAAUUCACAUAAUCUUUUUACGAGCACUACAGAAAAGAGUGGAGAAUAAAAGCACAUUUUCUUAUGUAUUUUCUUUGAAGGUUCGGGUUUCAUCAUUGUUUUGCCUCUUGAAAAAAAAGGUUGUGCAUAUGAGCUGACAUUACUUCUGUAACAGCUUUUAUUUUUUUAAUUCUGUAGUUUUGACUGCACCCAGCAGCUAAGCAAUUUGCAUAAAUACAUUUGAGUGAAUAAGACGUGAUAAAAUGUGCUCACCCAAAAGUUGCUGGUUCAUGUUUUGGAAAAGAGUGUAACUGAACUAUGGCCAGACAAGCUUAAACAUGCGCGCUCCUUUGGAACUGAACCACAGAUAGCUUGACAAGCACCGAUGCUGUUGCACGUGUUGAGUGUUGUUAAACUCACUGCUGAGUUUUGGUCAGAGAGCGUUCGGAUGUGUACCGAUUUGAUCAAAAUCCAUCGGAAGGUCAGAUAAAAGUGAUUGGCGGGCCGCAUCAAAUCACUAACUUACAUUAAAUAAAGACAUUGCAUCGUACCAGGAGACUCUGAAAAGUGGUGGUAUGCAAGAAAAACUGCUGGUACUCUGUAGAGUAAAUUAUAGAAGUGCAGGUACUGCGUACCGCCCCACUUCAAGCACUGAAAUGGGCCCACUUUACCUGUAUACUAGUCACCAUGUUGGUGCCAUAUUGCAAGAUAUUUGAGAUGCUUUUAAAUAUGAUGGAGAUAAUUUACUCCUUUUUGCUUUCUCCUUACUGUUCAUGGGUGUGUACGGGAGAGAGAUGGAAAACAACCUGUUUGCAUGCGGCCGUCUUAGUUUGCAUCCUUCUUUUUGUAGGUUUUAGUCAUUUUAUAACCAUUUCUUGUCUUUUAUAAGAACAUCCCAUGCUGUUAGCACCCAUUUGGGGUGAAGCUACCACUUCUCUCAUAUUGAGAAAAUUACAGGUGACACUAAUUCAAUAUUCACUAAAUGAAUUUUUUUCUUAACUUUAAUAAGUUGCUGUUUGUAAUAGCCAUUCAGCUGAAGUGCCUUUCUCCAACAUGCAGUUAACAGCUCUCUUAACCUUAACCACAUGUUGGUAUAAACCCUUUUCUGCUGUGCAGAGCUUAUAAUUCUAUUUAUUCCUUCACUACAUCCUUUUGUUAACCAUUCAUCCAACUGAGAUCUCAUCAGAAUGAGUGCUCUCUACCAGUAAGAGGUUACACCCCACACUUCUAAAAAGUGUGAUUUAGCCAAUGAUUUUUUUCUUUCCAUUACUCAGUGUUAAUAACACUUGAUAUGUGUCAUAGAGUAUUGGUAGUGAUUUUAGGUAGACCUGUUUCUGCUCAUAUUUAAAUGAUGUGACAUUUUGAUGUAUUCAUUUGAUGUUUCAACCAUUUUUAUAAUAAUGGCCAACAUGUAUUAUUUUUGCAUGAAGGACCCAUUAAACUUGUCAUUUGAAAGAAAUAUAAGUAGUUCAAAUAAAAUGUAUGCUUUACAAGUUUUGUAUUUUUAAAGAACACUUGAAAGUGAACAGUAAUGCAGUGUGUGCAUGCGAUGGUAUGUUACGCAGCUGUCCUUAUAACAUUAUUCAGCAUUGAGUUGACCUGUUUUAAGAAAGUGCAGAGAGAUGUUGUUAACAAAGCAGGGCUUUCCUUUGUCAAACCGUUUUUAUUAGUUUCUUCAUCUUAUCUUAUUGUAAUGUAAUUAUUUAAUUCUCUUUAUUAUUUACAAUGUGGUAAGCAUGCUUUUGUUAUUUUUGUGAACCUAUAUCAUGCCAUUUUGCAAUGCUUAACAUUUUGUGAUGUAAUCUGAGUGCAUGCGAGGAUAAAGUUCAUAAAUAAAGAAUUUCUGACAGACACA